GUCCACAUCUCUGGCCAAGAAGGUCAGAGCCAAUGAACCAGAAUUCCAUGCAAAGGCAAACAUUUGCAUAUGUCACUCAAAGCAGACGUGAACCCCAAGUUCAAAUCCAGAACAUAUAAAAAUGACAUGAUUCAGACAUCACAUUUAACCACAAAGGAUAUGUGUUGCCUUCUGAAAAGCGAAAAGCAGAUACCUGCCAUGUGGUGCAGUUUCUGUGCAAUUAGCUUUUUUCAUGUUAACUCUGCAGCCAUGGUAACCUCCUCUGGAUGAAAGCAGCCCUGCUAUAAUUCUGACAAAAACAAGGGUGGGGAUGGGCUCUUGUAAUGAGAAACAUUAUAGCAAGCUGAAUUUCACUUGUCUUUCUGGGAACGUCAAAGACGCAAUAGUGACAUCUAGUGACCGUCUUCAAAUAUUGACGAGGUAGCUUUUAUAUUACACUCCCAUUUAUAUACUUAUCUCCCAUUUAUACAACUGUCGAUUUAAUGAGGCAGUUCAACACCCCGCCCCCCAAACACAGAUGCCCAUUGAACAAUAUGAAAUGACAAUAAGAUACAGUUAAAAGUGGGAUAUGUAAUGUAACAGUGAAACACAGUAGUUUCCUAAAGCUGUGGAUAAUGGUUUUCUAAACUGAUUAGAAUUUUAUUAUUAGGUAUUUGGGAUACUUUCAUGCUUUCCAGAACCAAAGGCUCAACCUGAGAUAAAUCUCUCAGUAUGAGAAACACCCUGUCUGGUGGUGUGUAAACAGACCCGCAACACUUCUGCUUUGCGCUAUAAUGUUAAUACGAUAAGGUUAUGCUGGCCACGUGUGCAUCACGUGACUGCCAAUCACCGUAACAUUACCCGAGCUAUAGCAGAGGUUCUUGCGUCUGCAAGCGAACAUGCUUGAACAACAGAAGGAGAUCAAAUGCAAGAGAAUAGCACACUUAGAUUUUAGGCUUUACCCAUCACGCUAACCUAUUAGUGCGUUCCUGCUGUAAAACACGUGUACGGUGCUCUACGUGCCACCUGGUGCCUAGGAAUGUUCUAUUUACAAUGAGCCAUCGUGUAACUCAACUCAUAAACUCAUAGUGUUAUGAGUUUGUUAAAACUGCAGUUUACAGUGAAUACCUGAAGAGGGAGAUGCAGUCGUAUAAAUUGUGGAAACGCCCAGGCAGCAGGUCUUACCUGUGGUGUCGGAUUAGAGUCUCAAGCCAUUGUUAGAACAUACUGGGUUUCCUCGCCUUGAGCUGUACAGUAAGGAAGGGCUUAAAUUGACAUAGACGGACAUAAUUGACAAUGAUAUGUCACUUGUGAAGCUGCAAUAUUUCUUAGAAAUAUGUGUAUGUGUUAAAUGAAAGGAACGCUGUGUCAUAAAACCAUUAAACACGGCAGGCUUUGAUCGAUUGAGAAAUAUUUAACAAAAAAGCAGUAAAAUUGUCCAGCCCUCAAAUGUUACUACGCUUAUAUGUGUUUAUCUGCAGUUUAUAUGCUAUCAUUUAAAAGAUCUUUCUGUACAGUUUGUAGUGUUCAGUAAAUUAGAAAGCUGAAGUAGAGAGGAAUUCCUUCCGUUCUAUUGGGUUACAUUUAAGUUCUGCACAAUUUCCAUCGGGCAGAUGUGUAAACAUUCUGAUGAUUUUGGUCAUUAUGAUAUAAAACCCUGUCGCUUUAAUGCCCACGGUUCCACUAUUCCAGCCAUAUCCACAGAACAAUGUCAACAAUAACCAAGACAUACAGUAAAGUUAAAUCGGUUUACUGGGUCAAUAAACAUUCCAAAUAGCCAUUAUCAACUUUGCAAAACUGGAAAUGGCCAACUUAAUGUAAAUAAAGUUCUGUUCUGUUUGUGUUCAUUUCUUUGAUACAGAGAGGUACAUUUAGAGGCUAUUUGUCAUGACAACGGGCCGCAUGUUAGGGUCAUAAUCCAACUUUAACAUUGCCCUCUAUGUUUAUAUGAUACAAUUGCUCGGUUUCCUUCUUGUUGCCAGAACUGUCAAGAAUUUGAUGUUUAAAUAUUUAACUCUUACGUGUAAAUAACUUACUCGCAUAAACGAUCGAAUCACUUGUACUGCCUUCUGUUUGUUGUUUUGAAAAUGUUUGGCAUAAAUAAAACAAAGACGCGUGAUAUUUAACACGCCCAUUUAUCUUGUAUAAUUUCAUCAGACUCCUCUUUCCAUACUCCUUCUCUUUCUGGGUGAUAAGCAGACCUUCUCAAGCCAGCCUGCAGUUAUUUAUAGGAAAAGUUACAUUAUUCUGUUUCCAACUCAGUUUCAUCGUCCUUAAUUACUCUACUUGAAUGUACAGAUCCAUAAUGUAAGGCUAGGUACCAUUUAAAUAAGAGUGUAUUACGAAGCCAUCGGAAAGUACAGAUUAAUCAUUACCUCGACUGCUUCAGCUCAGCCCCGGAGCCAGCGCGCAUGGUCGCAGUGUGGAUAGUUAAACCCCACGCAGACUAACGGGUCGCCAUCCCACUCCACUCCGCUGCAAAUACCCAUUUGCGACUUGUCCCAUCAAAUUCGAGACUUUGUCUCUUUCAGAGCACCAUUGGUACGUCUCCCUCUGAGGGGUUAGAGAACCGCCGCUCAACAGGACAGCAGGACACAUCUGAGACGUGAGCUGGGUGUCUCUGCAGAGGACGUUCCGUCCAGGUAAAGUUGUUCAUGGGUGGAUCACCUUCGCCACUUAGCUGUGAGCCACUUUCGACAACACAGCAGUUAAUGUAUAAAUGCGUAACAUGUGAUAUGGUGAACCUGUUGACAUUGAGAAGGCCUGCCAUCGGAGAUUUACGGUUUUUAUGGUUAGAUGUAUGGAAUUUUAAGCCUUAAAUUGUAUCUUGUCUUGCAAUGGAUCUCAUAACCAUAUCUUCAGAAUGUAAUGGUAGGGGCUGGUUGAAGCUGAUGUCAAUAAUUACUGUGGUUAACAGAGCGGUACCUCAGGUCAUCUUUAGGAUGUGUUACUCAUUUGAGGGGGGUCAUUUUAACAGCUUAUAAUUAUGAGAGAUAUAGCAUGCAUUAGGCCGCGAGGAAGGGGUCAUUAACGGGGGUUGGGGGAGAGUGGCAUCGAUGGCAUACGAGCAAAUCUUUAUGUGAUAAGCAGACUGAACGUCAAGCACACUACCUGGCUGUUUUAUUACCAGGAUGCAUUAUGUUUGCUUAUUGUUAUGAAAAAACACUAAUAUGAUAUACAAAGGAUUAGAUCUUAUUUUAUCUCCAAGUAUGAUAUAUUUCUUGAUGAAAAUAACAUUAGAACAUAAGUUCAGUAAUACUGUGACUAUAAAAAAAUGUGAAACACACAGAGACAAUUCAUUAAUUAUCCAUAAUGGAGACCUUUAUGUUUCCCAAAUUAUGGCUCUUCCACAUGACAACAGGGCAAUUCUGACAGCUAGAGGGAGCAGAGUAAUAUUUAGGUAGAAGUAAUGUGUGGAAAGAAUGUCAUACUGAAAAGUAUACUGUCAGGGUCAGCACCCAUCUGCCCCAGCCUUUCGUGAGCAGGAUCAUCUCACCUGUCCUGCGGUAUCUUGUUAACCCUCUGCAUUUAAGUACCUGAUCCUGCUCUAUUCCCUGUGGAGUUAUUGUCUGUCUUUUCAUGAUUCCCUGAUGGCGAUUAUUCUGAUUUGCUGUGUUCUGUGUUUGGUUCCCUGCUUGUUCUCUGUGUUACCAGAUUCCCCCUCGUAGGUCUUCUUGGUUCAAUUAGUUUACUUCGUCGCCCUUUUUAAUUCAGAUCCCUCGUGGUCCAUUUCGUUUGUAGUGUUUCCAAUGUUCUGCUUCUGUAAUAAGACCCCAGCUGUCUUGUGGCACCGCAAGUGGGUCGUCACCUUCCUUUUCUGCUCGCACCAUGUCCCGCUUCUGUGCUGGAAACCCCAAGGUCCUGACAGUACACCUACUCCUCAGCUGCGAUAUACAUCUUGGUUACGCACAUACCUGAUAAUUCAGAAUCCUGUGUAGGUAACAAGAGUGACCCUCAGGCAGACAUAAGUCUGAAUUCUUACACUGUCAGGUGCAGGUCAGCUGACUUUCCUGUCAGAGCAGACUAGACAUCUCUGUCCUAUACGCCCGUGUUUCCCAGUCCGGUUCUCAGGGACCUACAGACAGUCCGGGUUUUAGCAAAAAUGCGGGAGCCCAGAGGAAGCAAAACCAUGGACCAACUGUGGGUCACCAAGGUCUGGACUGAGAAACACUGAUCUACUCGAUGGCAUUGCUGUGGUUUUUCCUUCCCUGCCAAAUCAGAAGUCAGAAGCCAAUUGUGUAGCAUCCAAAUUCAGUCUUUAUUCUCAACAAUGAGGUUACAACCAAGGCCGGACACUUGCAAGUGUGUCCAAUACUGUUUUACACCAAAUUGUAUACAAGUUCUUAUCGUUUUACAAUACCUUGUCACUUUAGCAUCAUCAUUCCUUCAACCAUUUUUCAAUCAUUGUUUUCUCCCUUGAUCCACACCCCUAGGUGAUAAGUUUGUCAAUCAUUUCUUUUUUGUUUGGUCCCUCAGCCGAACAUAAUGGUGGCGCGACCAUCUCCACUUGGUUUUUUUAAACUGCUCAGCCGUGAACUUCUGAUGAACUCAGGCGAAUCCCUACCUUCAGUAGCAAACCUUGGCAGCUUCAGCUUGUUGCACAUUGUCUAACUAGAGGGUUAUACAUUUGUCCUUCAACAUAGUGAUAAGGUAUAACACUAAUAAAGGUGGAUAUUCAUACAUUCAGGGCUAAAAUAAAAUGGAUACCACAAACGUUGGGGCAAACAUGAGGUGCAAAUACAUAUUCAGUUGAUUACAUUGUGUUGAUUACAUUAUAAUGAUUACAUCAUGGGUAUUUGACAUGCUUUUUAAUAAUAUCAUAAUGAUUAUAUUCUACGUUGUAUAGCACUAAAUAAUAUUCCAUAGCAUCCCAGUGCUGUAAACUUGAAGUUUACUCUUCAGUAAACCAGAGGUAAAUGAUCAACGGCAAAUUGUAUUACAAAGCAGUGAUUUAUUUUAUAUAAAACAUUGAUGUUUGAAUGUACAGGAGAUAAAUUUAACAUAUAUUCAUGGAAGGAAUUUAUUAAUUAAGCUUGUAGAGCCGUUAAGAGCCUGGAUAUUAAUUAUAGACAGAUCAAUAUUGUAGCAUAACAAGAAUUUUCAUGGUUUUAUAAUUUUAACAGAUUUAACGAUUAUUGAGUGUUGUGCUUGCUGUAUCUUGAUAUAAUAACUGGUAUAACUGUACUUCUUGACAUAUGUGGUGAUUGUUCUGUGGUUAUUUUACUGUAAAUACAAAAGUAGGGCUGCUACAUCUGAGGAGGCCAAAACAAAAGCACUACAUAAAAUAAGAAAGGGCGGUUUACUACGACUUAAGAAAUAUUUUUGAGCGCAGCGCUAAUUAUCAUAAAAUGUGUGAAAAAUCAGUCGUUAACCCACUGUGUUGUUUAUUAAUUCCCUUGUUUGGCUGGCUGCUGGAAUGGAAGGAGCUCUUCCACAGCACAGCAUACUGGCACCACCUGGGAUAGGCACUAACUGGUGAGGAGACCAUCAGGGAAAUAUGAGUGACACCACCAUACGGACCAGGGAAACUCCCAACAGCAGCACGGGCCCAGAUGGGCCCCCCCAGGCUCAAUACAGGGGGGAUCAAGUGAAGGCUGCAGCUCUACAGAAGGAUGUGGGGCUGUUUAGUGGGAUAUGCCUUAUCGUCGGGACAAUGAUAGGCUCAGGGAUCUUCAUCUCCCCAAAGGCAGUGCUGUCUGGCACGGGUGCCGUUGGGCCGUGUCUCACCGUAUGGGCUGCCUGUGGAGUUCUGUCAACACUUGGUGCUCUGUGUUACGCAGAACUCGGAACUAUGAUCACCAAGUCUGGGGGAGAAUAUCCAUAUUUAAUGGAGGGCUUUGGCUCACUUGUGGCCUACCUCUACUCGUGGACCACAGUGAUGGUCCUGAAGCCUUCAUCCUUCGCCAUCAUCGCGCUCAGCUUCGCUGAGUACACUGCCACGCCCUUCUACCCAGGAUGCACCCCGCCAGCGGUCAUUAUAAAGUGCCUGGCAGCUGCCUCCAUUUUGCUGAUCAGCUUGGUAAACAGUCUGAGUGUCAAGCUGGCUAGCUAUGUGCAGAUCUUCUUCACAAUAGCGAAGCUCCUCAUCAUCCUGAUCAUUGUGGUAGCUGGGAUGGUGCUGCUUGCGCAAGGAAAUACAGAAAAUCUGACGAAUGCCUUUGAAGGUGCAUCCCCUUCAUUCGGCACCAUUGGCUUGGCAUUCUACAACGGCCUGUGGGCCUAUGACGGCUGGAAUCAGCUCAACUUCAUUACAGAGGAGCUUAAAAACCCAUACAGAAACUUACCCCUGGCCAUCAUCAUUGGGAUACCCUUGGUGUCUGUCUGUUACAUCCUUGUUAACAUUGCAUAUUUCACUGCCAUGACCCCUACAGAACUGCUACAGUCCCCAGCAGUCGCUGUGACUUUUGGUGAUCGGGUCUUCUACCCAAUGUCCUGGGUGGUCCCACUUUUUGUGGUCUUUUCCACAUUUGGGGCUGCCAACGGGAGCUGCUUUACUGCUGGCAGGUUGACCUAUGUGGCAGGACGUGAAGGUCACAUGGUCAAGAUCCUGUCAUACAUCAGUCUAAGGCACUGCACCCCAUCCCCCGCCAUCAUAUUUAAUGGCAUCCUGUCCAUAAUUUAUAUCAUACCUGCGGACAUUAAUAUGCUCAUCAACUACUUCAGCUUCGCCCAGUGGACCUUCUAUGGGCUAACGGUGCUGGCCCUUAUCAUCAUGCGCUUCACCAGGAAGGAACUAAGAAGACCAGUCAAGGUGCCUAUUCUUCUUGCAGCAGUGGUCUUCCUUGUGUCUUGCUACUUGGUUCUCGCUCCCAUCAUCGAGCAGCCUGAGCUGGAGUACCUGUACUGCACCAUCUUCAUUUUUAGUGGCCUGAUCUUUUACUUCUUAUUUGUCCACUGCAAAUGGAGCGGGCACCGACAAGUUAUGAGACCCAUUACCAUGUACCUCCAACUACUAAUGGAAGUAGUUCCACCAGAAAAGACUGAUUGAGGUGGGAAAUGUGUAGACAGACAUUUGUAAUUAUGCUGAUGGGAAGGCAAGUAGAAAUGGUCAAGGAACUUCUAAAAGAAAGGAUCUUUUCGCAAUUCAUGUGCUUCAUGUGCUACGUGCUUCAGUCAAGCUGUUGAAAGAAUUUCAUAAAGCAUGUGAACCACACCUCUCAGUAUGAACUGCAGACAAUCACACAAUAACAGAGGAAAUGAGAGAAUGAUGAUCAGUCAGUUAUAUAUGGCUGCUGAAUCAGAGAUGGUUAACAAUUGUCGUAAAAUUGUCUUGUUCAUCUGGGUUAUGAUAUAAGGGGAAGCUGUUGAACUGCAACAUAUGACUUGAUUAACAGACAGUUCAUAAUUCUUAGUGUAUUAUUUUGAUGUGGUGAUAGAAAUAUAUUUAUACCUUUCGAAAAUGUUUCUUGGCUUCUUUUAAAGUAACUCUUUCUGUAACUUUUUUUUUCUCAGUCAGCACUAAGAAAUGCUACAGAUUAAAUAACUGAGGCUCGCAGUGUAUUAUUUUGAUAAAAAUUAUUUAACAAGGGUACGAGUUGUACUAGAAUGCCUAGGUUAUCGGGGAUGUUCAGGCUUUUCUUGAAAGGUGAGUCAUAAAGCCAUUAUGUGUUUAAUUAUUCAGUUUUAAAACUCGUCAUCCAGUUUGACUGGUCACUGUGCUACUGGCAAUGGGGAUAUUAAACAUUUGUCAUUU